AUGGCAUCUCUUCCUACAUUUGAUGAGCUACCGGAGGUUCCAGACUUACCAAAAGGCUGCACUUGGGGCUUAUGGAACCAAGGCGAUCAGAAGGAUGAGUUCGGUACGUUAAAUCUUCUCACAGCUGAAGUAGUCUUGAGUGCCGUGAAUGAAGUGCGAGACGGUAUCAGUAUAUCACUAAACCUCCCAUUGAAUGUCCCAUCAAUUCCUGUGUUCAACCGUCGCCCUUUCCAGCAUACCAUCAUCGACAAUUCGACCUUUUCACCUUCGAAAAGCUAUGAUGAUACUAUAUCAAUUAACACCCAGUCCGGCUCACAAUGGGACGGCCUGCGACAUGUCGUUCACCAUGCGAGCGAGAAGUUGUAUAAUGGAAUCCAGAAGGACGAGAUUGCGGGCUCUGAACCAAAAGAUACCCUGGGGAUAGACAAAUGGCAUCAGCGUGGUGGUAUUGUCGGCCGCGGCGUGCUCCUGGACUAUGUUGCCUAUUCUGAGCGUCACGGAAUUGCGGCUUCCCCCGUGGAGCGACACGAAAUUCAACUGCACGAUCUCAAACAAGCAGCGAUGGAGCAAGGCGUUAGCUUCAAACAAGGCGAUAUCUUGUGUAUACGCAGCGGGCUUAUAAAGUGGUAUCACGAGAACCCACAUCAGCGUGAGGCCUAUUUUCAAGAUCCAGCCAAAAAGUGUAUCGGAGUCGCCGCCAAUACAGAAAUUCUAGCAUGGAUCUGGAACGAGCAUUUUGCGGCUGUGGCUGGAGAUGCAAUCGCAUGGGAAACCGUUCCUUAUCCAUCUGAACAACCCUCCCUGCAUCAGAGUCUCAUCCCUAUGUUCGGAAUGCCCAUCGGUGAGCUUUGGGAUCUGGAAGCUCUGGCGACUACCUGUGCACGAUUGAAUCGAUAUACAUUUCUCUUGACUAGCGUCCCUCUGAGGAUUCCAGGAGGUGUUGCGUCACCACCAAAUGCCGCCGCUAUAUUUUGA